AUGGGAAACAAUCAGUCUGGAGGACCGGAGGGCCGUUUCGCCGGUAGCCGAGACGGUGCAGGCGUUCGUCGCCACAGAAUGAUGAGCGAGACGGCGAGAGUUGCUGGGCAGGUGCUUCCGGAUCCCAACGGACCGCCCAUGAUGUUCGACGUGAGUGAUUUCCUCAGAACUUCCACAGCAAAUGCAAUUUUAGGACGGUCACGACGAUAAAAGCGGGGAGUGCCCGGUCGUUUUCCGCUGGAGCUUCACGCAGACGGCUCAGCCACGCAAUGUGCAAAUUGUCGGGUCGUGGGAUAAUUGGUCGUCGAAAAUUCCGAUGGUUAAGUCCACAAACGAUUUCUCGACGAUUAUCGAUUUGCAACCCGGACAGUACGAGUACAAAUUCUUCGUGGACGGGCAAUGGGUUGUCGACGACAAUCAGGGCAAGACUCAGGAUUCUGCCGGAAACGAGAACAACAUGAUCAGCAUCCAAGACUCGGAUUUCGCUGUGUUCGAGGCUCUCGACGAGGAUUUCCAAUCGUCAACUGCCGGGGAAGUGCUUCGUGGAGAGUCGGAGAGCACCAAGAAUCACGAUACUCCGAAUGACAGGUAAGUGGAAUCGUCGAACGUAUUUUGCGCAUCAGUCGAAUUUGACUUUCAGAGAACUCGAGAAGCUUCGCUCAUUCACUCAGGAGAUCCCGUCGAUGGAUAUGCUCCGAAAGGCUGCCGGGCCGCCCGUGAUUCCGCCCCAACUCAUGCAGGUAUAGUUUUCCUUAUGAACAGUUGUGCAGCCGAAAUUAACGCGCUGCGCAAUGUCUUCGAGCUCCCGUUUUAUGAAAAGGACGUAAUUUCACUCACUUAGAAGGUGCUGCUCAACAAGGAAACUCCCGAAUCGUGCGAUCCAAACGUGCUGCCGGAGCCGAAUCACGUGAUGCUCAACCACAUGUACGCACUUUCGAUCAAAGACAGCGUCAUGGUGCUCUCGUCGACGCAGCGGUACCGCAAGAAGUUCGUCACCACUCUGCUCUACAAACCCGUCUAA